AUGGAAGAGUUAAUUGAAGGUGUGUGUAGUAGUAUGAAGUUAUUGGACAAGGAAAAGGCUGGAAUAUUGAUUACUGAAGAUGAUACUGCGGAGUUGCGAAUGAGGAGUGGCCGAUGUCUUGUUGGAAGAAUUAUGUCCGAAAGGAAAAUCCAAAAGGAAGCUUUCAGAACGCUUAUGGCUAGGCUGUGGAAAACAUUUGGGGAUGUUGCUUUUAAGGAGUUAGAUGUUAAUCUAUGGUUGAUUGAGUUUUCUAAUGGGGAUGAUAAACGUAGAGUUUUGGAGGGUCGACCUUGGUUAUUUGACAGGAAUAUUUUGGUAUUGAAGGAGGUUGUUGAAGAUGUCGCUCCAGUCCAAAUGGAUUUUUCUAAGUCGUUGUUUUGGAUUCAGGUGCACGAUAUGCCUCUCAUUUGUAUGAAUAGGGAAGUGGGUUACAAGAUUGGAGCUACUAUAGGUGUAGUGGAAGAGGUGGACGUUACUGGGGAGGGAGUUGUUUGGGGUCGUUGUUUGAGAAUCCGAGUGGAGGUUGACAUCACCAAGCCUUUGGAACGUGGUUGUGUCCUUGACCUCAAUGGUAAACCAGUUUGGGUCAGUUUUAGGUAUGAAAAAUUACCUUAUUUUUGUCAUUUUUGUGGAAGAAUUGUCCAUGAUAAGGAGUCAUGUGAUGGUAAAAGGGGUUUUAGACAGAAUGCUGGGGAUUCAUCGAGGCAGUGGGGUUCAUGGCUCCAAGCAGAUGAUCUGAGGAGUCAUAAAGGAUAG